AAUUCAUAACUGUCACAUUCGUAAUUUUCAAUGUGUUCAGAAACAAACAAGCGGCAAGUUAAACAAAUGCAAAUCGCAUCUGGCAUACGGCCAAUAUUACCGAUCGAAUUUGCGCUCCGCUAUGCCUUUCAAGAAAUUCAGGCCGAAGUUCUCCAUUUAUCAAGUUUGCGUAACUAUACUCGAAGCAAAGUACUUGCCGCAAAAUGCGAAUCCGUUGGUCGUCGUCAAAGUUGGAAAUCGCAAGAGGAGGACAGUGGUACGCCAGAGGACUGAUAAUCCUAUAUACAACGAGUACUUUGUAUUCGACUUCACGUGCAGUUUGGACAAUCUGUUAAACACGGAAAUCACGAUAGCGGUGUAUCUGCGGAACUUUCUUCGGCGACUAAAGUUUCAUGGAAGCAUUUCCUUCGAAGUUGCCACAGUAUGGGAACAACCAGAUCGUCAGUAUUAUCAUAAAUGGGCCGUAUUGAGGGACCCAAAGGACUUAACGACAGGCCCAAAGGGUUACGUAAAGUGCAAUAUCAUGGUAAACGUCAAAGGUGAGAAGGUAAAGGUGCAUCCAGAGAUAGAAGAUGAAGACGACAUCGAAGGGAAUCUACUGCUACCCAUCGGUGGUGAGAGAUUGCUCUUCAGGCAACGCGCUCGAUACAUCUUCGUCGUUUAUCGCGCCGACGGCCUGCCCGACAUGAGCAGUUUGUGCAGGAAGACCGAUUUCGAGAACGUUAAUCCUUACGUGCAAAUAUCGUUCGCUGGAAUGAAGGGAUCGACGAGUGAAGCGUGGCAAACCUACUCCCCGAAAUUCCGCGAGGCCAUUAUUUUCAAGGAGAUGUUCCCCGUUCUCUGCCACCGUGUGAGAAUUGCUAUAAAACAUCGUAUCGACAGUUGCCGGACUUGCAUUAUAGCAGUUUAUAUCCUGAAUAUAACAAAGAUUUCGAAUUCCGGAGAGUACGGUAAUAUUGCCAAAAGAAAUCUGUGGUCGACCGAGGAGUAUCUUUUGGUUGGAGUAUUGUAUGAUAUAUGUCUGAUUGAUCGUUCUCGAUUUGGAUCGAAAUUAAUUAGUUUCGAACUGAGUCUGGGGAACGCAGGAAAUCAACAAUUUCUACAUAGCCAAUGCGCAGAGAACAAUGACAGUCAAACAGAAAAUGCAUUGCUAGAAAAGCGAUUGAACUUCGAGAGUCAGUCAGCUCCGCGAACAACCGGCACUUUAGAUGGCAAGUAUAAUUACGUGCCUCUGGGAUCUAGAAAGCCGUGUUUGUACAUUAAAUCUUGGUGGCCAAAUUUCGAAUGGCGGAUGUACAACAGUAACAGUCUCCGCUACAUCUCCGAUUCUUUAGAGACAAAAUUGGAAAAAUUAGAGGCGUUGAUGUCUAUGGAAAAUCCAAUAGCCUUCGAAACUUAUAAUGAAACAAUUCGCAUAUUGAAAACUGAUUGUAUACAUUAUUUACACAUAUUGGAUACCGGCAGAUAUAAAAAUGAAGGUGGAAUUACCAAACUCGAUCAGCAUCGCGUGAGCCUGUGUCACAAAACUAUUGAAGACAUUCUUAAGAGAAUCAAGAUUAACGGGGAGCUUCCUAAUAAUAACUACAUGAGAAUCGCGAUGAUACAUGCGUAUCAAUAUCUAAAAAAAUUGAGAAACAUUUGCGAUGAUCCUCAGCAUAGUCUCCCGGAUGUUUUUAUUUGGAUGAUCGCAGGCUCGAAGCGAGUCGCAUACUCGCGACUUCCCGCCGAGCAAAUCGUCUAUUCCGAGGAGGCGACAGAAAUGGGCCGGAAAUGUGGUAGGCGGUUGAAUUUGUUUCCCAGGAAUCCGGACGACGAAAACGAGCCUGUCGAAUAUAGCGCCUGCAAAAUUGAGGCAUUUUUGUGGCUCGGCAAUGCGAAAUAUGCCGCUGCGUGUUGGAGUGCGAUUCCGCCAGGAUACGAGAUCGACCAUAGUAGAAACGUCGACGUUUUUCCGAAGUACAUCGAGUACAACCAGUUCUCGACGUUCCAAUUGCGAGCUCACAUAUUCCAAGGCCGCUUUGAACCCGGAAUGGACGCUUCCGGUUUGCUGGAUUCGUUCAUACGUAUUGUGUUUCAAGGCUACACAGCCUCCACGCAGGUUUAUCUUGGCCUUAAGGCUAAUUUUAGCCUUGAAUUAGAGGACAAGAUUUACAGCAUCCCACCGGAUAUCAGACCGAAAAUGACAAACUACAGGCUGGAAGUGAUCUUUUGGGGCGUACGCGACAUGAGGAAGAUAAAAUGUAUGCCGGUACGAAGGCCGAGGAUUGUAAUGGAGUGCGCUGGAGUGCACGUCAAGUCGGAAGUGAUGAAGAACGCCAAGAAAUUCAGCAACUUCGAGGAACGGCACAUUAUGAUUGAGCUGGAAAUGCCGGAACUCGACAUUUACUAUCCGAGCAUCACCAUAAAGGCUUACGAUUCGCGCGGAUUUGGCUGUUUCAAGUAUGCAGGGAUCUGUAUUAUCCCCAACAUUCACGUGUUUCUGGAGCAAUUAAUAACUGAAGAGGAUUAUGACGCGCAAAUAUACGAGUCGAAAUUCAUACAUAAAUUUCAACUAGCAAAACGGCAGACGUCAAUAAUAAUAAGACAAAGUAUAGAUCCAUUUUGGGACCAAACGUUAAUUUUUCCUCCAAUUAUUUUACAUGGUACCAAAGAGUAUAUUAAAUUUUUACCACCCGAAGUUGUCAUACAGCCUUUUCAACAGGAUUUAUAUAGCACGAGAGAACUCUGCGGCAGAUCUAUCGCAGUGCCAUUAGUAAAACUUGCCACGGAAACUUACUCGCCGCCCGAUUUCCCACCGAAAUUAGCGUGGUAUAAAUUCCAGUCGCAAAAAGAUUGCACCGGUUCAGUCCUCGCUGCUUUCGAGUUGAUAGAAAUCUAUUCCACGGAAUUGGAGAUGCAGCCGCAAUUCGAGGGCUUUCAAGAUCGACUCCGUACUUUUGAAUUGUGGCACGGAAGAAAGGGUGAAACUUUCGAGCAAGUUGGAGAUAAUUACGCUGGCAAAUUCAAGGGAUAUAUUUCUAUAUACCGAUGGCCACAUCCUGACAAUCUCCCAUGCAAAACGAGAAGCGGGAGAGACGCGGCUAAUGGUCUGUGCAACGAUUAUCCGCCUCAAGAGCCUGUUAAGCUCCUCGUUAGACUCUACGUUAUAAAGGGCAUUAACUUACAGCCUAAGGAUCCCCUCAGCGGCAAGUCAGACCCGUAUCUCUACGUGAAGUUGGGAAAAAAUUCUAUCAGCGACAGGAAGAAUUAUAUACCCAAUCAAUUGAACCCUACGUUUGGCCGCAUGUUCGAGAUUGAGGCGAGCUUUCCACAGGAUUAUAUGUUAGAAAUUCAAGUGUGGGAUUAUGAUGUCACGACGGCAGAUGAUUUGAUUGGCGUGACGAGAAUCGACAUCGAAAAUCGUUUUUAUAGCCGGCACCGAGCGCACUGCGGAAUUUCAAACGUUUACAGCGCCAGUGGUUACAACGCUUGGAGGGACCGCGAGAGACCGACGCAGAUUCUGGAGCUUCUCUGCAGGAAGAACAAUCUGCCAUCACCGGAAUACGGAGAACGCGAGAUUAAGAUCGGCAAGAAGUCAUUUCCCUUUCACAUCGUAAUCGAACGAGAAGACGACGUAAACAGGGAGGAAUGUAUGGCUCUAAGCGUGCUUCAUCACUGGCAAGAUUUUCCUAUCUGCGGAUGCGCUCUGGUACCUGAGCACGUCGAAAGACGACCACUUUUCAACGUUAAGAGGCCCGGACUCGAGCAGGGCAAACUUGAGAUGUGGGUCGAUAUGUUUCGAAUCGGACAAUUGCCACCGAAGUCGGCGGUCAACAUUUCUCCCCCAAAACCGGAGGAAUAUGAAAUUCGUGUGAUCGUUUGGAAUACAGAAGACGUACCAUUAAUCGAAAGCCAAUUCCUUACUGGAGAAAAGUGCUCCGAUAUUUAUGUCAAAGGGUGGAUUUUAUACGAGGAUUAUCAGAAGACUGACAUCCACUAUAACUCCCUGACUGGUGAGGGUAACUUCAAUUGGAGAUUCGUAUUUCGUGUCACGUAUUCGAAAGGCGAGAACAUCAUGGUAGUCCGUAGAAGAAUGUCAGUGUUUGCGAAAAACGAGAUGGAGGAAAAGUUGCCUUGCAAACUGCGUUUACAAGUUUGGGAUAGUGAUCAUUUUUCCUCGGAUGAUUUUAUUGGAGAGUUGACACUUGACUUGUCCAGAAUGCCACGAGGCAGUUCAAACUCCAAAAACUGUACGCUGAAAUUACUCGAACCGCAAUUACCUACAAUAAAUUUAUUUAAAGUUACACGGACCAGAGCUUGGUGGCCUUUUUCUCGUAGCGUUGACGCCGGUAGAUAUAUUCAAGCGGGUAAAGUUGAGCUGGAAAUAUCUAUCUUAAAAGCAGAAGAUGCAGAUAAUCAACCGGUAGGAAAAGGACGGAAUCCACCUCAAAUUCUUCCUUCUCCAAGACGACCUGAUACUUCUUUCUCCUGGUUUCGCAACCCGUGGAAGGCAUGCUGGUUCGUCGUUUGUCGUUAUUAUAAAUGGCGAAUAUUAUGCUGUUUUAUGUGUACUCUAUUCGUGCUUUUAGUAGCAUGUGGCAUUUACGCUUUCCCCGGAUAUUUUGUUAAACGUCUCUUGGGCGCUUAG